GGUAUAUAGCUGUGCGAUUAUAUAGGUAUAUUUUUACACAAACACGUAUACAGUUUUAUCCAGACCUCGUAUUCUAUUUGCCUUGUACUUCGUGGCUGUUUCAGGUCUAAAAUUCAGGUAGAUUUCAGUGGUCCUGGGAAACGCUAGUAUUUGUGCUUAGACAGUGUAAUGAACGAACUUUAAAAUAUUUACCUAUGGGGUAAAAUGAACAUAGUGCACCGUAAAACUGUUUAUUUAUUGAAGGCCUAAUUUUUGUCCAGUGAAUAAUCGUAAUUAAAAUUACCAAAAUGAACGAGUGUGACGCAGUGCGCAGUGGUGUUAUUGCAACGAAUCACGAUAUGUGUUUAAGGAAGAUGAGAAACUAAACGGUGUCUUUAAGCUGGCCGCUCGGUGUCGUUCAAAAUGGACCCGUCAAUUUUCUUGCAAUACUCGCCCCCGACUGGGCUGCCCCAGGAGUCGAAACUGGCCACUUAUAUGAACCGUUCCGCAUCAACGCCGACUCGCUCGCUGAGCCAGGCCAUGGGCAAAUUAAGCAUAGAGUCAUCACCGACUGCUCCCAAAAAAGUUCUGAUUGGCGAGUUCGUGCCCAUCAAUUACUACAGCCCCGCCUCCAUCUUGCCCGAAUCGCCACAGAGCUCACCGCCGACGAUGACCCUGCAGCCUGUCAAUACUCAAGUUCAUCAGGAGAACGUGGGAGGCACCACGUACUUCUACUCCACUAACUCGGACAGUCUGAACGCGUCCGGCCUGAGCUCGUCUGGACUCAACGCUUCCACAUCUAUGGUCCCGGAAGCCUGCCUCGGCGUCUCAUCGGCCUACGCGUCGCAGAUGUACGCAGGCGUGCCUGCCCACAUCCCGAUGCCCCAGAACAAGCCAGGUCUGGCCGCUACGUUCUACACGCCAGAGACUAUCCGUUCUGAGAUAUACCAGCGUAACGAGGAUGUGUUCCUGCAACCGGAUCUACACCUCCCGGAGUCGGUGGAGACGUACGCGGAGCUGACGCCGCUGGAGCCGCUGGCGCCGCACGGCCCGGCGUCCUCGUACCGCGCCACGCACCGGCCGAGCGGCGAGCUGGUCGCGCUGCGCCGCCUGCACGCGCACGCGCCCGCGCACGCGCACGUGCACGCGCGCCUCGAGCUCUGGCGCGCCGUCGACCACCCGAACGUCGUGCGCCUGCACCGCGCCUUCCUCGCCAAGGAGUUCGGCGACCACUCUCUGGUGCUCGUAUACGACUACCAUUAUUCGUGUAUGACGCUGAUGAGUCGAUACCUGUCGGGUGGGGCUCCCGGAGGGGGUAAUGAUGCCAAUGGGGCCUUCCACGACCCCUUCUCCUCAGACCCCGAUGCGCCCAGACCAUAUACUCACCAGAAAAACGCUAUGCUGCGAGCGGUAGCGUGCGGAGCCUUACUACCCGAGGCAGUGCUGUGGAGUAUACUAGUACAGCUAACAGCAGGUCUCCGAGCCAUACAUGCUACUGGCCUAGCUUGCAGGAGCCUGGAUCCCACGAAGGUGGUGAUGAACGGGUGUCGCAUACGUAUCGCCUGGUGCGGUAUAGCGGAUGCGGUCCACGCAAACAACGUCGACGUGGCUCAGGCCCAACAAGAAGACCUAACUGCCCUCGGUCGCCUGGCCCUGGCUCUUGCCUGUCGCACCGUACACUGCGACAACCUGACCGCCUGCAUGGACCUCGUCUCGCGCUCCUACUCCGCCGAUCUCAAGAACCUGAUACUAUAUCUGCUCUCAUCAUCAUCGACUCGUCGCUCCGUCACCGACUUGAUGCCCAUGAUCGGGGCCAGGUUCUACACCCAGGUGGAGGCGCUAGAGCGUCGCGCAGACGCAUUCGAGGAACAAUUGGCUCGCGAAAUAGACAACGGUCGACUUUUGCGCAUCCUUAUCAAGAUGGGCGUGGUCAACGAGCGACCCGAGUUGAACAUGGAUGCGAGCUGGUCGGAGACUGGCGAUCGAUAUAUGUUGAAACUCUUCAGGGACUAUUUGUUCCACUCGGUGACUGCGGACGGGAGGCCGUGGCUGGACCAAGCGCACCUCGCAAGCGCCCUCAACAGUCUCGAUGGUGGUUCACUCGCCAAGGUGGAGCUUAUGUCACGCGACGAGCAGAGCGUGCUGGUGGUUUCCUACUCGGAGCUUAAGCACUGCCUGGAGACGGCCUUCGAGGAAGUCAUGCAGUCGGCAGCGGCGCCCUAG